ACAACAACACCGACCACAGCAGCAAACACAACAACACCGACGACUACACUACCCAGCACAACUACAACAAUGCCAAUGAUGACAACACCACCACCACCAAAGGUGAAGACCUUGACGUUCACCAUGGACCUGGUUUACGAUUCUACAUACAAUAACCCGGAAAACGAGGUUUACAAAAACACUAAUAACACUAUUCAAGAACAAUGUAAGGCGCACAUCUCAACUCUAGUAUCAGUCAACAUCAAUGGCUUCAAGAGUGGAAGCACCAUCGUUGACUAUACUAUAAGAGCAAACUCUAUAAAUGUUGCGGAAAUUGAUGCAGUAACAUCAGGGGUAUUUAUACAGCUGGGAAAAAUAUACCCUGUGAUACUUGACGGCCCACUAACGAUUCAGCCAUCUUUCAUAACUUUUGGGGAGAGUGUGACUAUGACAUGUGGCCCUCCUCCAGCGAAUCUCAGUUUCGUUACCAGCUGGACUGCAGAGUGGACACGUGACGGCAAUCCAAUACCCAAAGAUAGUGCACACGUCCAGUCACUUAAUAAAGAUGUAGCAACCUUAACUGUGACCAAUUUUUUUAGCGCUGACGAAGGAGUUUAUCAAUGUCUGCUGACAGACAGCAGUAAAGGUUUCCUUGGAGUUUUCCGACAGACAUCCAACAGCAAAAUAACUUUACAAAACACACCCUUGAUCCAAGUGGAACCAAUCAAAAUACAGGUCCAGUGUAAUGGUGGAACGACAGUGAAACUGCAGUGUUCUGUCAACAGCCCCUAUCAGGUGGAAUUUAUGGGCAAAAUAGGCCAAACCAUCACCCAAGAUAUUUUGAUAUCCGACUGUAAAAAUCUGGAUAUCCCUUGUCGAGUGAUAAACCAUACGGAAUAUAGCAGCAGUAUAACACUGGUGUUUAUCCAGCAGGAAUUUACAUGUCGCAAUGAUCCCGUGUUUGGUAGUGGAACUGAUGGUUACAUAGCUAAUGUUACCUGUGAACCGAACUAUGUGGGAUCAAAGACAGCAGUUUGUCGGAGCACUGGUAAAUGGGAACAACCACAAGACAACUGUGUCCUGCAAGUUGUCCAGGACCUGCUCGAGCAGUCUCAGGUGACCUAGUUUAAUGGUGGAUUUACUGAUUUUGGGCCCUUAGCACUCU